AUGCCAGAGGCCAUCCCCAUACGCGCUCUCAUCCCACGAUGCCGUCACCCUGGUCGCACGCACGCUGCACUCCCUGCUCUACCCCUCCCCUCCUGCAUCCACCAACUCCUCCUCUCAUGCACUCAAGCACACGCAGCAGCAAGAGGGGCAGCAGCAAAAGAGAGUGCAGCAGCAAGCAGGGAAGCAGCAAGCAGGGAAGCAGCAAGCAGGGAAGCAGCAAGCAGGGAAGCAGCAAGCAGGGAAGCAGCAAGCAGGGAAGCAGCAAGAGGGGAAGGUGGGGGCAUUUCAGCAGCUGGAGCUGCCGUCCCCCAUCAUCCCCAUCAUCAUCCCCAUCAUCAUCAUCCCCAUCAUCAUCAUCAUCCCCAUCAUCAUCAUCCCCAUCAUCAUCAUCCCCAUCAUCAUCAUCCCCAUCAUCAUCCCCAUCGUCAUCAUCCCAUCAUCAUCAUCCCCAUCAUCAUCAUCCCCAUCAUCAUCAUCAUCCCCAUCAUCAUCAUCAUCCCCAUCAUCAUCACCAUCCCCAUCAUCACCAUCCCCAUCAUCAUCAUCAUCCCCAUCAUCAUCAUCCCCAUCAUCAUCCCCAUCAUCAUCCCCAUCAUCAUCAUCCCCAUCAUCAUCAUCCCCAUCAUCAUCAUCAUCCCCAUCAUCAUCAUCCCCAUCAUCAUCACCAUCCCCAUCAUCAUCAUCCCCAUCAUCAUCAUCCCCAUCAUCAUCACCAUCCCCAUCAUCACCAUCCCCAUCAUCAUCAUCCCCAUCAUCAUCACCAUCCCCAUCAUCAUCACCAUCCCCAUCAUCAUCAUCCCCAUCAUCAUCAUCCCCAUCAUCAUCCCUGCACCGACCGACCCACCUUCACAAGUACAUUUGUGCUGCUGCACUGCCGUGCCCUCCCAUUUCAACUCCCUGUCGCCAUGCAAGGCAAUCGCGCUCCUCGGAUUGAUUAGUAGUUGCCCCGCCCUUCUUGAACCCAACCCAACCACAGUGGGACCGGCACUGCGCAAGGCUCUUCUCAAGACCAGCUUCGACGGGCUGCAGGGCAGAAUCGCGCUAACCCCACACGGCGACCUGGCAACAAACGAGAUCCGCAUUCUCAACAUCCAGCGAGGGGCGCCUGUGGAAGUAGCCUUUUGGUCCUCCUCCCGCGGCCUCGUUCCUUCCUCCUCCCGCCCACCCCCCCAAUCCGCCCCGCCUUCCACCGCUGCCCCUGCUCCGCGCCCAGGGCCAGUCCCAGACCCCGGCUCACAGGAUCCGAAUGCUCUUCCCAUCGUCUUCCCUGGAGGGCUCACCCAGGUGGGUGCUAGCCCCUCCCCUCUUCGUCCUCCCUCGCCCCGCCAGCAAUACAAGGAGUAUGUGAACGUGUCGGAUGCGUUGGGGGAGGGCAACAACCGCUUCUCAGGCUACUGUGUGGAGGUGUUCCGCCUGGCCGUUAUGCGGUUACCCUACAAGCUGGACUACGAGUUUGUGCUGUAUGGAGACAAGGACCUCAGCUACACUCAGAUGGUGCUGGCUGUCGCCAACAAGACAUACGAUGCAGCAGUGGGCGAUAUCACAGUGCUGGACUCGCGCAGCAAAGUCGUCUUCUUCACCUGCCCCAUCCAGCAAUCAGGGUUGAGUGUGAUGGGCUACUCGCGGCCAUAUAGCAACCCAUGGAUGGUCUUCACCCCGUUCACGGCCUCCAUGUGGGCCGUCACUGCCGCCAUCUGCAUCACCACUGGGCUGCUAGCCAUGAUGCUAGACAGACAGCGCACGCCUGACUUCCAGGGCACGCUGCAGAAGCGUCUCAUGACAGCCCCACGCGGUGAGUGGAAGGGCUGUUCGGUGGAUGGUGUGGUGUUUGUAGCAAUUGGGGAUGGGCACACUGCCGCCAUCUGCAUCACCACAUGGCUGCUAGCCAUAAUACUGGACAAGCAGUGCACAUCUGACUUCCACGGCACGCUGCAGAAGCGCCUCAUGACAGUGUGUGGACAAGCUGGUGUCGCUGGCAGGGGAGAGCGAGUACGCAGCGUCUCUCUCCUCGGGGCGGGUAACGGUGAUAGUGGACGAGGAUCCCUACCUCGACCUCUUCUCCACUGCUUUGUGUUCACCCUCUCCCCUGGCUGGCAGGACAAGCUAGUGUCGCUGAGUGGGGAGAGCGAGUAUGCGUCGUCACUGUCAUCAGGGAGGGUGACAGUGAUAGACAAGCUUGUAUCACUAGCUGGGGAGAGCGAGUACGCAUCAUCACUGUCAUCAGGGAGGGUCACGGUGAUAGUGGACGAGGAUCCCUACCUCGACCUCUUCUCUGCUUCCUUCUGUGACGGCGUCCAGGCAUCGCAGCCCUUCUCCAUCCUCAACCUUGCUUUUGCCUUCCCGAAGGGGUCGCAGGUGGGGGCGGACAUCUCUCAGGCCAUCCUCGAGCUCCAGAUGAAAGGGGAACUGGAGAGGCUCAAAGAGCAGUACUUGCAGAAGGACAACGUGUGUGUGGAUGAUCAGACGGCAUCCGCAGUGCUAACGGAGGUGAACGUGCAGAAGUUCACGGCGCUGCUCAUCCUCUACCUCGUCGUCUCGCUGCUCUGCUGCAUCACCUAUGUGGGGCUCCUCAUAUACCGCGGUUACCGCUACCACCGGUACGACCCCCCGCUAAAAUAA